GCCAAUGUUGCUUGCUUAGCAAUAGGAAGCGUCUACCAGGCCUCCAGCCAGAUCUGAAGCUAGCUAGGUUGCUGCUGCUGGACGGGAUCCACUCGCCAAAGAGCAAACAAUACGAUUGGUUGAUCUCCUUCGAUCUUCCUCCAGGAAAAUUAAAAUCGUCCUGUCUGGUAAGCGCUUGCCCGGGUGGUAGAUAACACGAGCAUGGAUUUUGCAUUAGCUCUGCUUGAAAGUAUCACCAACAAUUUCUCGGAGGAACUCAAAAUUGGCAGUGGUGGGUAUGGAGAUUCAUACAGGGCAGUGCAUAAUGGGGAAGAGAUUGCUGUGAAGAAGCUUCAUCAAUUUCAAGGACUUGAUGAUAAGCAAUUUCACAAUGAAAUCCGUAACCUCACCAAGAUCUCUCACAAAAAUGUUAUACGGUUAAUUGGCUACUGCCAUGAAUCACGGAGUAAAUAUCUGGAACACAACGGGGAACGUGUUUUUGCUAAAUCACAGGAGCGAGUACUCUGCUUUGAAUAUAUGCAGGGGGGAAGCCUUGAGAAAUACAUCGCAGACGAAACAUGUACACUUGACUGGCCCACAUGUUAUAAAAUCAUUCAAGGGGCCUGUGACGGCUUAAAUCACCUUCACAAUGGACAGGAAAAAGCAAUUUUCCAUCUGGACUUGAAGCCUUCUAAUAUAUUGCUGGAUAAAAACAUGACUCCAAAAAUUGCAGAUCUUGGUUUGUCUAGACUUGUUGAUUCAGCAAGAUCGCAACAAACAGAGAUGCGCGACGGAACACUAGGGUACAUGCCACCAGAAUACAUAGACAACGGCAUCAUAUCAAACAAGUUUGACGUGUUCAGUUUGGUCAGCAUAAUUAUAAGAAUGAUGGACGGAAACAGGGGUGCUUACCGUUAUUCUGAAAUGUCUCCGCACCAGUUUAUUGAUCUUGUAAGUGAAAAAUGGAAGGAAAGGUUGCAGACAAUCUCGGAGGGCUCCUCAUAUGAGGUAGACAUCCUACAAGUGCGUACAUGUCUUGAGAUAGCAUUAAGAUGUGUGGAUACCGACCGAAGAAAAAGACCUACUAUCACAGAUAUUGUCCGCGAACUAGGGGAACAAAAUGCGGAGAUUAACACAAUAAUGUCACUGUCUCGUAAUCCUAAGGCUAACUGGCUGGGGGAGAUGCACAUCAACAUGGAUUUUACGCUUGCUUUGAUCGAAACUAUUACCAACAAUUUUUCAGAGGAUCACAAAAUUGGCAGUGGCGGGUAUGGAGAUGUUUACAAGGCAGUGCAUAACGGGAAAAAGAUUGCUGUGAAAAAGCUUCAUCGUCCCUUGCAAGGACUCGAUGAUAAGCAAUUAGACAGUGAAUUCCGAAACCUUAGUAAGGUACGCCACCAAAAUGUCGCACGGUUAAUUGGCUACUGCUACGAAUCACAGCACAAAUACAUGGAGCACAACGAGGAACAUGUUGAUUGUAUACUGAUGGUGCGGAUUAUCUGCUUCGAGUAUGUGAGCGGAGGAAGCCUUGAUAGAUAUAUUGCAGAUGAAUCUUGUGGACUUGACUGGCCCACAUGUUAUGAUAUUAUUACAGGAACUUGUGAGGGCUUAAACCACCUCCACAACGGCCAUGGGGAACCUAUUUUCCAUCUGGAUUUAAAACCAAGUAAUAUAUUGCUAGAUAAGGGCAUGAUGCCCAAAAUUGCAGAUGUUGGAUUGUCAAGACUUCUUGCUUUGACACAUACACAUAAAACAGAGAUUGUAGAAGGAACAAUGGAUUACAUGCCACCAGAAUACUUAAGUAGGGGCUUGAUCUCAAAGAAGUUUGACGUGUUCAGUUUGGGUGUCAUAAUUAUAAAAAUUAUUGCCGGAAAUAUGGGGUUUCCUCGUUCCUCUGAAAUGUCUCCAAACCAGUUUAUUGCGCUCGUAACUGAAAACUGGAUGAAAAGGCUGCAGCCAAUGUCAGGGCGCUCAUCAUAUGAGAUCGAAAUCCUACAAGUGCGUACAUGUGUUGAGAUGGCAUUAAGAUGCGUGGAUGCCGACCGAAACAAAAGGCCUAGUAUAAAGGAAAUUAUACGGGAACUCAGAAGUGAGACAAUAAUAGCACUGCCUACAGAUCAUAAAUCUAACUUGUUUGGACUGGCUUCUCAGUCACGCGCAAGCCCUGCUCCUGAUCAGCCAACGGACCAAAUUGGAGCUGACAUAAAUACAAACCUAACUAAAGCUGAGAUUAAGAAAAUACCGUCAGUGCCUCCUGCUCCUGCCCCUCAUCAGUCAAAAGGCCUAACUGAAGCUGUGACAAAUCUAAUCGAAGCUGAGGACAAGGCAAUAUUGUCAACGCCUCCCGAUAAUAAAUUUAAUUGGUCCAGUCUUGAUUUCCAGCCAAGCUCCAUGAUUGCUCCUGAUAAUUCAGAAGACCUAAUUCUUCAGACGGGGUCCGAACCACAAUUGUCGUUACAAUAUUUGAAAGACAUCACAAACAACUUCUCUGAUGUACUUGGUAAAGGUGGUUUUGGUGUGGUAUACAAGGGUGUGCUACAAAAUGGGGAAAUGGUUGCAGUGAAGAAGCCAUUACAGGCAAUGCAGGCCACACAAAAGCAAUUUGAGAACGAGGUUAACCUUCUUAUGAAAUUAAAGCACCCAAAUAUAGUGCGCUUAGUUGGAUACUGCUAUGAUACACAACAUUUACGAAUACCUCAUGAAGGAAAAUUUGUUUUCACUUGGAACACUGAAAGUUUGCUUUGCUUGGAAUAUGUGCCUAAUGGAACUCUUGAAAACUACAUUUCAGAUGCAUCUUCUGGACUCGAUUGGCACACACGCCGCAAAAUAAUUGAGGGGGUUUCCUAUGGUGUACAAUACCUUCACGAGAAAUCUAAUGGGGUCAUAAUUCACUUGGACCUAAAACCCGCCAACAUAUUGCUUGAUGGAAAUAUGCUGCCUAAAAUAACAGACUUUGGUCUGUCAAGAUUGUACGAUCAAACCCACACUAUUCAGACUAAAGUUAUUAGUGGAACACGAGGUUACAUGCCACCGGAAUAUGUGGAACGUGGCAUAAUCACACCGAUGUCAGACAUAUUCAGUUUGGGUGUAAUAAUUAUGGAAGUAGUAACGGGACAUAGGGACUACCCAUACGAUAUUAAAAAAGAGUCUGAGGACUUCAUCGAGCUUGAACUUCAAAAAUGGAGAAAUAGGCUCCAACAAGAACCAAGGUAUACAACGCUAGAAAUUGAUUGCCAUCAAAUAGAAAGAUGCAUUCAGAUAGGUCUAAUCUGUGUGAAUCCUGAGCGGUACAAAAGGCCUACAAUGAAGACUAUAAUCGAUAUGCUUCAAGGAUUGGGAAGUAUGAAUUACUAUAUCAACAAUGAGUUAUCUACACACGGCGUCUUCGAGGAGCCAUAGUUUCAUGAAGGAGACUGUCACAGUGGCGAUUGGAUCUGUGUCUUUUUGGGUAUGCCCCUCUAAAGAGUGCCACAUGUUUAAUUAUUCUAUAAGGUGAUCGAGCCAUAUAUCUAACUUAAGGUGUCCUUAAAAGGCUUAAAUGUUCCACAGGGCUUUGGAUCUCUGUUUGUGCUCCUUGCAAGCAGUGUUUAUGUUUGACUACCUACACAAGCUUUUGAUUGUUUCGUCUCCGGUCCUAGUUCUGGCUAGUGUGAGUAAUUCCAAAGGUUACCACGAUAACGAUGAUGUGUAA